AUGAGUGAUGAAUGGAGCAUUGAAGAUGAAAUAAGGCUAUGCCGUUGGAUUUCUGAAUUUAAGCCGGCCGGGAUACAUAAACAUUUCCAUAUGAUGAGCAUAAUAGAAAGGAUGAACAAUCGAGAGAAAUACCCAGUUGUAUUACUUUUCGAUAAACUCAAGAGUGAGGGAAAAAGUACCUUCACUGCAUCAGACAUAUGGGAAAAGCUGUCAAAGCUCUACAAUUUGGACCGCCUAGAUGAGUUGGAGGACCGGGUUGACGAAGAAGACACGAAGUCUGAUAAGACUUCGAAGAAAGAGGAGGAAGAUCUUGAAAUCCCUCUUCGACGUCUGAUAAAGCUUCAAAGAGAUUUCAAUCUGCCGUGGGAUGAUUAUGGAGAGCUUAUGGUUGAAAAUGCACGUGAUGGCAAUGUCGCACCUGAAGAGAAGGAUGAGGAAAUUACGGAGCAAGAACUCCGGCACGAGGAGCAAACUGUGGAAAUUGAGGUUUCUGAUCAACCUGAGGAUUUAGAAAAGGAAAACACAUCAAAACGUGUUACCAGAUCUUCAAACACGCCGAAAGUAGGGCGUGUGACGCGUUCUAGAGGCGCUGUGGAACAAGAUGAAGAUGAUCAGAAAGCGCCGGCCGAAGAUAAUCAAUCGCCGGAAAAUGAGAUUGCUGAGAAACCACCACAAAAGAAAACCAGAAACGCUAAAAUUCAAACAGCUGCCUCAAAUCCACCGCCGGACAACCGCCCACUCAGAAACAGGAGGAAAUCUAUCACUACCGUACCUGUACCUCCAAUUCGCUCCAGCGGGCGCGUAGCAAGCCGUCUGCGUAACAAGAAGUGA